AAAUUGCACGUGUUUUCAGAUUACUAAAGGAGACAAAACUGUCUCCCUAAGUCCUUCAAAAUUGAGUUGAAUUAUCCAAGCUUGGUUUCUCACCAUCUACCAAUCAUUCAGUCCCCAGUGUACAAGAUGCCGGUAGCAGAAGAUUGGAGAACUUGUCCCCUUGGCCUUGUAGAACGAACCUUUAAGGCGAGACAGGACAACGAUGAUUGUUGGUCUGAGAAGCUGAGCUCUCAGUUCAAUGCUCUGCUCUCCGACCCUGCCAACAGAAACACCCUCCCCUCCCUAAACUUCACCCCCAACCAUGAGUUGAGGGACGGGCAGCUGGUGAGGUUCAGGGGGAUGGUCCAGGAUAUGUAUGAUCCUGAGAUAUAUAUGGCGGAAUACGAGACAAGAAACUUAUCCACAGGAGUUAAGAAUAUUCAGUGCGGCAGAUACCGUGAUGUGCUUCCUAACAGUAUCCGUGAGGAGGUUCUAGAGGACUCUGAGCAUGUUGUCAUGAAGGAUCGUCAUGUUGUGUACUGCGUGAGUAUACCUGGAGAGAACCCCUGGGUUACUGAGCUCCUGGCAGCACAGGCAGAGAACAAGGCUGGACCCUCUGGAACAUAUCAGAACCCAUUGAAGAGGGGGCUGGACCCUUCAACACAGGAAAUUAUUGAUGGUGAGAGUAUGGAAGGUAUGGAGAUGGAUGGAGAUGAAUCUAAACCUGGAGAUGAAUCCCCCAGCAACGGUCUAGUUAAGAAGAGCAAGGGGGAGAAUGGGAACCCUGUAGUACCUGGAGUUAAACCAACUCAGGGCUCAGUAGAUCUCAACCUACCAAUCCCGAAUCAAAAAGGUAAGGCUGCUAUAGUGAAACUAUACGAUGUACCUGAAGGUGAGAUCAAGCUGACCGAUCUCCUGGAUAUAGUUGGGGUCAUCUCACUUGACCCUGCCAUGGCCUUGAGCGAACCUAACGAGACCUCCAUCUUCCCCCCACCCUCCCUUGUACCCAGACUGCACGUGAUUCACUUCCAAAAGCUCGCGCACAAUAAUCCAUUGGUUGGAGAAAUAUCUCUAACGCGCUCGGAGAUGGAAUCUACGCGCGCCAAGCUUCUUCACAUCCUCACUGAAUCAUUGCUCGGGGAUACUCUUGCUGCAGAAUACCUUCUUCUUCAUCUUAUAUCUAAGGUGACUGGAAGACGAGAUAUCCGUGUAAUUGGGAAAAUGUGUUUAAACCUUUUCCGCCUUGAUUCUACUCUCAACUGGAGCAGACGUAUUUACACUCUGGUUGGAUUACUCAGCCCUGGCUCCCAUCAUCUUCCACUUUCAAGAAACCAGUUGGAACUCACCAAAUUCGUUCCAUUCAAGGAUUUUGAAGCAAACCGAUUAGUUUCCGGUGUUCUCCAGCUUCCUGCCGGAACUAACCUUGUUCUGGAUGAAACCGCUAUGACGGACGGUCAACUCUCAGCCAAGGGCGUACAAAACCUCACUGCUUUAGGGAACCUGAUCACAUGGCAGAAAGUGGAUUAUGAUUUUAAAUAUCACAGUCUUGACUACGAUACAGAUAUUCCUGUGCUGGUUUUAUCGGAUGGAAGAUCUCUGCUCCCCUCGGACUUCCAGGUGAUGGUGAAGCCGGAGGUGGAGAACGUGGCGAGCAUCCUGGAGAACAAGUUCAAGAACAUCGGGGCAUUGCUCACCCAGGAUUUACUCAACAGGAUCCGUGUGUACUUAACUCUCUGCCGGGAAAUGGAGUACACUCUCUCUGAUACACUUCAGAAGGAAGUACAAGAUGAUUUUGUCAGGUUGAGACAGGAGGAUGACCGACGAAUGUCUGUAGACGAUAUGCAUUCACAUCUAGUACUCGCCAGAUUAGUUGCAGUAUCAAAAGGGAAGAAUGAACUAGAUUGUGAGGAUUGGAGUAGAGUAAAGGAGAUGGAAUCUGAGAGAAGGAAUACAAGGUUACCACCUCCUAGAGGUGACGCGAGCCUAGCAAACGGUAUUCCACUCCACCUAGCGGCCUCAUGAAUUUACACAAAACUGCCAACACCACAAUAUUACAAAGCAAUACAUAUAUAUUGUAUAAAGAACCAGUAAACUGCCACAGUUCAAUUUAUCAAAUAUAUGUAUUUUUUUAUA